AUUACAAUGGAGGAGACCCCGUCCCGUUGAUUGGAAGUUCUUCUCCGAUUCUCUUCGAUCUAAGAAUAAAGACGAUGGUAUUUUCUUGUUCGGCCAGACCUAGAAGUCAGUAGGUUCUCUAAUCUAAGAGAGGCUUGGGCUCUUUGCAAGUGGGAAUUUUAGUCUCAACUUCUGCAGCAACUUAUCACUUAAUUUAUUAAGUCGGAGAUUGGGUGCUGCAUCCGAUAAAAACUGUGACAAAUGGAAGAAAGUGUAGGAGGGGAGGCACUGGAUGGGGAUUCUUGUUCGACAAGCUCCCAAACUUUGAUCUCACCAACAGGCCUUGAACCCAUUACUAAUUUUGCUAAGGGCAAUGAUGGUCAGUACGAGUCAGAACCACCGAUUAACAGAGCCGAGAUUUUGAAGGCUCUUGAAGUUGUCGAAAGGGAUUCAAUAGCGAUUUCAGAGAGCUUUGCAUCUCUAUUCGCCUCUCUUCGUGUGGCUCUCUCCGGGGUUACUAGUAACUCUGUUGACCAUAUGCAUUGUUUAAGCGAUGCUGCUGGUCGUCUUCAAGAAUCCGUGCUUGAUUCUGCAACAAAGGGAAAUCGAUAUAUCAAUUCAUGUUUAAGAUUAAACGAGGAAAUGAAUGGUGUUGACAAUCUAGCCACACAAUUAAAAAUCUUGAGGAGAAAUGUCGAUGUGCUGGAUUCAGCUGUAAACAAGCUCCUUCGGAUUCCUUGACUCUGUAAAUCUCUGAUUUCUUGAGUAUUUCCAUGUCAGAAUGAUCCAAGAAAUUUUGGCGAGUGUCUUCGAAGACAGUUUGCUCCUUGGAUUUGGUUUCUAGAACUAAUCAUUACGAGCUUUUUAGCCAAUGCAAACGAAAUUACAAUGUGGCCUUCUUGGUUGAUUUGGCAUAUAAUGUUUAAGAAGAUUUGUAAAUUCUUGCUAUAUGUGUUACAUUGUUUACUUUCUAUAAUGGAAAACACUAUGGAUCUAUGGCUGAAACAGGCUCAGCAUUGUCUAAA